UGCACGAUUUUAAAUCUGUGCUCUUACCUGUGUGGAUACGUCACAUGCCAGUCAACAGACAUGCUAUGUGUCUCUGUGCAGCCGUCUGCCAUAACAAGGCAAAAUUAUUAAAGCUCCAUUCAGCCGCGUCGAAAAAAUAUUCGCUUCCCCUUGUAACACGUCUAGAGACAUAUUCCAGGAAUAUCUGUGACAACAAAGCCGUUCUUCCUCAUGCAGUAGCGGACUUUGAACACAUUUAUUGGCAUGUGUCUGUUUAGAAAACUCAGAGAGGGGUGUGUACUCCCUUGGUCGAGAAUCUUGGGCAAAGCAGUUUAGCUUGGGAAAAUGGCGACACGAUGCAUGUUGGUACAGUUCCUAGUGUGUGUGUGUGCGUGUGUGUGUGUGUGCGUGUGUGUGUGUGUGCGUGUUCUUGUGCAACCUGCUUGUCAUGUGUUCUUGGAGUCGCUUACUGCAAGGGUGUGUACAGUGUCCAAACAUGACUUCAUUGGAAACAAGCCCCUGUGCAGGCGUCCAAAUUUAAGAGUGUGGCAGAACCAGUCAAGGCAUGGCUGCAGCAGAGAGGCCCAGCGAGGAGAACAUUUAUCAGGGAAGCAGCCAAGAGAUCUAUGGUAACUCUGGAAGAGUAGCAGAUGUCCACAGCUCAGGUCUGUUGGAUUAGAAGAAACAAUAAGUGGAGUUCCCAGGCCUGUGCAAUAACCAGAACGCAGGCGUUGGCAUAAUCCCCAAGGGAGGUGACGGGAUGAAGCGAAUGGCAGCUGUCCCAUAUGGAGCAGCAGGUGAAGCUAUAAUGUACCCGUCCAUGAGAGAGGAAGGAUAUUGUUGCCCGCACUUAGAAUCUGAACGGUGUGUCUUCAGGUGAAACAUCAGAGGCUUUAUGACUCAGUGACGUGUGUGGAGAGAUGAUAAGGGCUGGCUUUCAGAAACCAAAGUUGGACUUUGUUUCCUGUGUCAGUUUGAGUCCCACCUGUUAGUCCAGGAAAUGCAGGUCUGAUCAGCAGCGCCGUCCACGGCAGGAACCGUCACGCAAGUGACAACACUACAAUGACUGCUUCCUGGAAAAUAAGCUUUGGCCUCAUGUCCAUUUGUUUACUACAAUGCAGAGUGGCGUCGCAGAAGGUCCAACUGGAGCCUCUGAACUCAACGGUGCUGCGAGAUUCUGACGUCCAGUUUAUCGCCACCAUUCAGGGAGACUGGGAGGUCACAAACUGGGGUGUCGGAGGCAUUCAAGUCCUCACAAUUGUCAACUCAACAAAUAGCAUAAUCCCCUCGUUGGACAGAUUUUCUGCUAGAUUCUGCGUCAACACCAACAGAAAUUGUUUGGAGUUUACCAUCCAUAAUGUCUCCCGCGCUGAUGCUGGGGAAGUUGUGUGUAAUGUACAAGGUCAUCAACCAGUGACAGCCCAGCUUUAUGUACAAGAGAGUGGAACAGUCAGCAUCCUGGGCGGGAACGUGACGGUGGCGCAGGGCGGGGAGGUGGAGUUGGAGUGCGUAACGACUGCUUGGUUCCCGGCUCCGACCGUCAGCUGGACCCAAAAUGGUCAGGCUGUGAACAGCAGCCUCUACAACACCACCAGCACACCUGCUGGGGAUUCCUUCAACUCCACCAGCACUGUCCGGCUCACGGCCAGCAGGAACGCGAGAGUGGAGUGUUUGGCUUUUCUCUCAGCGCUCACCGCUCCACGGUCCAGCUCCGUCUACAUCGAGAUUGUUCCCAAACCUCCAGACUGGACAGUGCUGAUAGCCGUAGUCGUGUCGUUUGGAAGUUGUGGUUUGUUGGUUUUUCUCAUCCUCGGAAUCGUCAUCUGCUACAAACACAGGAAAGAAAAAAAACAAAAUUACCAAGAUGAAAUGAGGAGAGAGAGAACACACAGUCAGCUAAGUGUCAUCAGCACAGCCGAACAGGUGAGGGGACAGGCAAACGAAUACUACGAGCCGGAGAACCAGAGGAACGACACAGACGACUGGACCGAGUCCGGCUUCCUGAAACACAGACAUAUGACCUUCGUGUGACGACACACAGAGACGGAGAGCUAUACGGACUUUUGGCAGGCUUUGUCCAAAGUCUGGAGAGAUCAUUUGCAACGCUGAUAAAAAAAAAAAAUAAAAAUUGUUAAAAUGUUAAUAAAGGAGCAAAUUUGUGAUGACUUCCUGAAAGCGGAGUGUCAGAAUGAGCAGAAGUUUUUAAGGAGACAGAGGACCAAUUUCAAGGCAUUCAAUUACGAAGUCAAAUUUCUUUUAAGCCAUAUUUGAAACAUGUUGCAUUUUUAUGACAGCUGCAGGUAACAUACAUAGUUGAUUGUGCUAUAAAAGGCUAUAAAAACACACAAUGCUGAAGAAAUCCUGAGAGUGGUGGAAGACUUC